AUGGAGGAUACCAGUAAUCAAAGCCCAGCCAAGGGUUGUCGAGUUUACGUUGGAAAUUUGCCUUGGAAAGUCACGUGGCCAGUUUUGAAGACGCACAUGAGAAAAGCCGGAGAUGUCGUGAGGGUCGACAUUUUUGAGGACACCCAGGGAAGGUCAAAGGGAUGCGGAAUUGUGGAGUAUGCAACGUAUGAAGAGGCGCAGGAGGCUAUAAACAGCUUAAACGAUUCCAAGUUGGAGGACCGACUCAUAUUUGUGAGAGAGGACCGAGAAGAGAACUCGGGAAGCUACGAAAAGCGCCGAUUCAACAACAUGAGGAACGACAGGAUGUACGAUCCCCGAAGGAGACGUGAUUUUGACUACAGAAUGGACUACAGAAGAGACUACCGGGAUGACUACCGAAGAGAUUUUCGAAGGGAUUUCCGAAGAAGCGAAUUUAGAGCAUCCAGCAAAAGAAAUUGCACCCUCAUUGUUUACAACUUACCACCGCAAAGCACCUGGAAGGAAUUAAAAGAUCUGUUUAAGAAGCACGGCCGAGUUGUCAGGGCAGAUUUAAGAAAUGAGGAAACUGCAUCCAAGGAAGUCACAGGAACGGUCAUAAUGGAGAGUGAGUAUGAUGCGAAAAACGCAAUUGACGCGCUCAACUUUUGCAACUUCGACGGCUACAUUUUGAAGGUAAACUUCGAGAGUAACGAGUAA